AUGCCUCGACUCGAGUCUAGCGGGGACACUCCGAUGCCCCUGGAGGAGACAUCACCCUCACGCUGGUCUCGUUUCUGCGACCGACUCAAAGGAUCUUUUAGCGGUGCAGACCCCCGAGUCUGUAUCGCUUUCUGGCUGUUUGGCUUAAUUAACAAUGUCCUCUACGUGAUCCUUCUAUCCGCGGCCCUGGAUUUGGUCGGUCCCGAUGUGCCCAAAGGCGUUGUUCUCCUGGCGGAUAUCAUCCCAGCCUUCGCAACCAAGCUGAUCGCGCCGUACUUUAUCCACCUUGUCCCGUACUCCAUCCGAGUCAUUAUAUUCGUUUUCCUAUCAGUCAUCGGCAUGCUGGUCGUGGCGAUGAGCCCGAGUUAUACGGAAGGCGGUGCGAUUGCUUCGAAGAUUGCGGGUAUCAUAUUGGCCAGUCUCUCGGCUGGUGGUGGUGAGCUGAGCUUUAUGGGUCUGACCCAUUACUAUGGCCCAUUCAGUUUGGCUGCGUGGAGUAGUGGUACCGGUGCAGCUGGAUUGGUGGGCGCUGGUGCUUAUGCACUGGCUACCAAUACCUUUGGAAUCUCGGUGAACGUGACGCUCUUUGCGUCAGCUUGUUUGCCGGCUAUCAUGGUGGUGAGCUUCUUUGUGAUCUUGCCUCGAGAUCCGCUGCGUGCCGUAUCUCCAGAUAGCUAUCUCUCCGUGGAAAGAAUUGAACAUCCGGAUACUGAGGACAUAGAUGAAAGAGGUGCCGAGACCGGGCGCGAAGAGUCUGAAGGACUACUUGGCGUAUCUGUUCGUUCAGAUACACAAAAAUCCGUUCAGAUCAACAACGAGGCCCUUUGGUGGGAUCACAUGCAAAGAAACCUGCAGCAGCUUGGAAAGUUGUUUUUCCCAUUUAUGCUCCCGCUACUCCUGGUGUUCAUCGCCGAGUACGUGAUCAACCAGGGUGUUGCUCCGACUCUUCUCUUCCCCAUAUACUCCACCCCUUUUAAGGAUUUCCGUUCCUUCUAUCCAGCCUAUAACGCCAUCUACCAGGCCGGCGUCUUCAUAUCUCGUUCCUCUACCCCAUUUUUCCGGGUGCAUUGGCUCUAUAUCCCGUCUCUCUUGCAGCUACUCAACUUAGUUCUGUUGAGCCUGCAUUCUAUGUUUAACUUUAUUCCCAACCUCUACCUUGUCUUUCUGGUGAUAUUCUGGGAGGGUUUGCUUGGUGGCCUUGUAUACGUCAAUACAUUUGCGGAGAUCAGUGAUCGUGUCCCGGAAGAGGAGCGAGAGUUUUCACUUGGUGCGACAACCGUUAGUGACUCGGCUGGAAUUUGUAUCGCUGGAUUCCUCAGUAUGACGCUGGAAGUCGCUUUGUGCAAGUUUCAAAUGUCCCGUGGUAGGGAAUACUGCCGGCUAGUAUAG